AUGUCUGCAAUUAGACAGAGUAAGUUCAAGCAUGUUUUUGGAAAACCUCUGAAACGGGAUGAGUGUUAUGAAUGCAUUCCAAUUACGAGAAGCACACAUGACACGUCAUUUUGCUCAGUCAAUCCCAAGUAUCUUGCAAUUAUUACUGAAUCCAGCGGAGGUGGGGGAUUUGCAGUGAUUCCAAUAAAACAGGUUGGUCGCAUGCCUAGCGUCUUGCCCAUGGUUGCUGGUCAUACAUCCGCUGUGCUUGAUAUACAAUGGUGUCCUCAUAACAAUGACGUAAUUGCAAGUGCCUCUGAUGACUGUACUGUAAAAAUUUGGGAGAUACCCGAGGGAGGUAUAGGGAAUGAACCCUUAACAGAGUCGAUCGCCACCCUACUUGGUCACCAACGGCGCGUUUACCUCGUUGUUUGGCACCCUACAGCACGGGGUGUGAUUGCUUCUUCAAGUGCCGAUAACACGACAAUUUUAUGGGAUUCGGGAAGCCAAUCUCAACUUAUAUCCGUCGAAUUUCCCAAUCUUGUCACUUGCCUUAGCUUCAACUACAACGGCUCAAAGUUGGCUGUAUGCUGCAAGGAUGGUAUAACACGCAUAAUGGAUCCGAGAACUGGAAGAUUUACCGAAACGGGCAAUUGUCACGAGGGUAAGAAGCCGCAGAUGUGCGUCUUCGUAGAAGGUGACCGUCUCUUCACUACAGGCUUUUCGAGGAUGAGUGAGCGUCAAUUGGCUCUUUGGGACUCGAGCGACCUGAGUAAAUGUCUCUGGCGCGAGGAACUUGAUAUCACCAACGGCAUCCUCUUUCCCUUCUACGACAUUGACACGCAACUUAUAUUUGUUUGUGGUAAGGGUGACAGUUCUGUGCGGUACUUCGAAUACUCGCCGCAAGACAAACAGGUUUACUACCUUAGCCGCUACGACAGCACCGAUCCUCAGCGCGGUUUUGCCUUCAUGCCUAAACUAGGACUCAACGUGGCGACUUGCGAAAUCGCUCGCAUGUACAAGCUACAUAAUAAGAAUUGGUGCGAGGUAAUCUCCUUCACGGUGCCCCGUAAGUCGGGUCUCUUCCAAGAAGACCUGUACCCCGACACUGUUGCUCCAAUCGCCGCUCUCUCUUGUGAUGCCUGGUUCCGAGGCCAGGACGCCGAUCCCAUCAAAGUAGGUAUCUCCAGUUUACCAAUAGGGGGCGCAGUUAGAAACCUGUAUGAGGUUUGCCCAAACCAAAUGAGAAUUCUGAAGUUGAUCAGGUUAAAGAGGAACCAUUGCAAUGAUGAUAAGCAUUUGCUUUCACUCGACGCAAUUUUACUCACGGUCCUUUUUCUGAAGGUUUCCGUCAAGGAGGCUGGCAAUAUUCCGAAAUCGGGCUCCUCACUGCAGCCACAACUCCCUUCCCGAUCUGUGUCUAUGGCAACUCCUUCGGAGCAAACAAGGGUACCAUAUCAUGCGUCUUCAGCGGUCUCAGAAAGUUUCAACGGUCCUCCCGUCUCCUCUGACCACGAUCAUGUUCCUCCGAAGUGUAUGGAGAUGAUGGCCGAGAUGGGUCGCAUGGUGGACAAACUGUCUGACCAGGUGAAACGGUUAGAGCACCGUGUGCGAUACCUGGAAGAAAGGUACCAAAAGGAUGACAACGGUUCUGAUGUCAGUGACUCCAGUUGUUCUAGAUCCAGCGGUCUUGAGCGUAUCUGA